AUGUUCUGUCCAAUCUCCUCAUUUUCUUUAUAAGCUGCCUCUGCCUUCAUUCCAAAAUCCACCAAUUUCCACAGCUGAUUGUUAAGAGAGUGUUACUGUUUUCUUUCAGUCAUGUCUAAUCAUAGAUCAAGAGCCUCAAAAAUCACAGAAGAGCAGCUUAAUGAUCUCAUUUUAAAACUUCAAACAUUGCUUCCCCAGCUGAAUCAGGGCAGCAACUCCAGGGUAUCGGUAUCAAGAGUUUUGAAGGAAACAUGCAAUCACAUUAGGAGGUUGCAGAGGGAGGUAGAUGACUUAAGUGAUAGACUUUCUCAACUCCUAGCUUCUGUGGACACAGAUGGAGUUGAAGCAGAAAUACUCAGGAAUUUGCUGCAGCAGUAGAAGUAUCUCUUUUCUUCAUUAUUAUGCCUGUGAGUCUGGAAUUACAUACUAGACAAGAAUGAUAUAUAUACAUAAGUAUAUGUUUAUAUGUUUCUUCUUCCUUCCAUCCAACCAUCUUCGUUUGUUCCUGAAUUUUACUUAGUGUGAGCAUAAACUAUAUACAUUUUCUAUGUAUCUGUCCUAUUCUUCUUUGUUUGCCCAUGAGUUGGUAUUCGGACCCAACAUUACG